UUAGAUGCAAUUACCAAGGAUAUGACUACGUUUCAGUUGCAAAUAACACCUUCAACCAAUACUACAAGUUAUCAUGGUGAAAGUAGUGAGAACCGAAGCCGACAAACCGCAUCCUCUACAAAUGAGUCGGACAUUAUCGGACGGUAUGAUGAUAAGAAAAAUAUAAUAGAUUUUUUAACAUCAUCGUCGUCAUCAGAUGGCAAUCCUGAAAAAGUCUCAGUCGUUUCCAUAGUGGGGAUGGGAGGGCUGGGCAAAACAACUCUGGCUCAACUCAUCUACAAUGAUGUUUUGGUAAAUCAACAGUUCAAGCUAAAAAUGUGGGUUCAUGUAUCUGAAGAUUUUGAUGUGCAAAAUCUCUUAACAAAAAUUAUGGAGUCUGCAACUCAAAAUAAGUUUGAUACUAUAUCAAAUUUCGAUGUACUAACAAGUAAAGUCCGAGAACAGUUAAACAGGAAGAAAUAUUUGCUAGUACUUGACGACUUAUGGAACGAGAGUGAUGAGCAAUGGGAGAGACUCUGCAGUCCGUUGCUUGUUGGUGCUCAAGGGAGUAAAAUUUUAAUCACUACUCGUAAAACCCAGGUCGCAGAUGCUGUCAAGGGGAAUAUUCCUCCUUACAAAUUGAAAACACUGCAAGAUGGUGAAUGUUGGACUAUUAUUGAGAAGAAGGCAUUUUCUCCCGGUGGAGCUAUGAAGAACGCAAGGAUGACAAGCAUAGGAAUGGAGAUAGCAAGAAAAUGUUGUGGUUUGCCACUUGGAGCGAAAUUCCUCGGCAGUCUAUUACGCACACGAAAUAGAGAAGUCGAUUGGUUGUCUAUUAAAGAAAAUGAAAUAUGGAACGCCCCAGAAAGCCAGAGCAGAGUCAUGGAAAUAUUAAAACUGAGCUAUGAUCACUUGCCGUCCCAUAUGAAAUGUUGUUUUUCCUACUGCGCUAUAUUUCCCAAAGGUAGGGAGAUACACAGAGGAACACUCGUACAGAUGUGGAUAGCACAAGGAUUUGUUGACACUUCAAACGUGGGAAAUCGAAGAACGAUUGAAGACAUUGCGGAUGAUUACUUCGAGAGUUUGGUAUGGAGUUCCUUUUUUGAAGGUGUAGAAAAUAAUAUACUGGGUGUGAUAAAUACGUGCAAGAUGCAUGAUCUUGCACAAGUUGUUGCUGGGGAUCAAGAAUCAGUGGCUUUCAAGGUAACUGAUCAGUUGAAAGAUACUUCUGAAAUACGUCAAUUACGAUUAAUAUUAGAUGCAGAUUUAUCAUCAUCAACAUUUCUGAAAAGCUUACGUAACGCAAAGAAGUUGCGGACACUUUUCAUUCCUGAGGGUAAUUCAAACUUGCACCCUGAUGUACUGUUUGGACAUAAGCACUUGCGUACACUUCAUAUAGGUCCUUCACCAGAUAGGACCUGUACAAAGUUGCCUUCUUUGAGUUUCAAGCUGAGUCGGCACUUAAGGUACCUCCAUCUCACCUAUCUUGAUCUUAAAGAAGUAGUAGUUUAUGCUCCAGUCUCCGUCAGUAAACUAUAUAAUUUGGUGACGUUGGUAUUGAAUAACAUUGAAGGUAGUACUGAAAAUAUUCUAAGAAACAUUCAGUCUUUGAAAAAGUUAAGACAUCUGAAUAUGUCAGACACUAAAAUGGAGGAACUGCCUGAUUCUGUCACAAGUCUAUGUAAUUUGCAAUCAUUGGAUCUUAGUGGGUGCAAAUUAAAAUCUCUACCUGAAUCAUUCAUAGGUUUAAAGAAUAUAAGACAUCUUGAUGUUUCUUUUAACCUUAUUGAACAAGUACCUGGCUCCAUCAUUAGCUUUAGCAAUUUGGUGACAUUUAAUGUCAAAGCAUGUAAGAAGUUAAAAUUCCUACCGGGGUGUGUUAAAGGUCUUGAUAAUUUGAAGAUAUUUGAUUUCAGUCACUGCACAUUACUAGAAAAGUUACCCGAAGAUUUUGGAGCAUUAGCUCAGCUAAGAUACCUUAGCUUAGUUGGCACAAACAUCAAUGUAUUACCAGAGUCUUGUGUUAACCUCAUCAAUCUUGAGUUCGCGAAACUUUCAAAUUGCGAGGUUCCAACACAAGUUAUAAAUAAUUGGGUAAAAUUGAGAAAAUUUCAUAACUACAAGGGAGCACCAGUCGGUAUAGGGAAACUUGUUUUUCUUGAAAAGUUAACUUACUGGGUGAGGGAAAAACUAAUAAACUACGACGCCGAUAGCAAAGAUGGUAUUGAAGAGUUAGAAAAACUAAACAGUCUUGAGGAGCUAGAGAUAAAGAAUCUCCAGAACGUGAAAGAUCCAGUAGAUGCCGAUAGAGCAAAUUUGAUGGGAAAACAAAAUCUUCGUAAAUUGGUUUUGCAUUGGGGUGAAUUAGAAGAGUCGUCCGACAUGUUAUGGGAUCAGAAGUCAUGUAACUUUCAAGUAUUUGAAGCUCUCCAGCCUCAUACUGGUUUGAGGGAUUUGCAAGUUCUUAACUUCAUGGGGUGUGACCUACUGACGUGGAUGUCUGUUCCGCAGUUCCAACAUCUUACAGACCUUAUACUUGAUGGUUUAAGUUCUGUAAAGAGUUUGGAUAUUGGUGGAUUUCCUUCACUAGUGGAACUUCAUCUUUGUGGUAUGUUCUCCUUAGAAGAUAUGCGUUGUUCACCUCCUUCUGCAAGUCUUCGGCAUUUGUGGAUCACCAACAACACAAAACUGAUUGAAAUUCCUUCAUUUCCGUCUUUAAAGACGUUAUACUUGAAGGAUAUUAAUCAUCAGUUAGUAAGCACAGUUGGGAGAGCCCACACCUCUCUCACAAGGCUUGAUUUAGAAAAUGUGAAGGAGCUCGUAUACUUUCCAUUAAACUUACUUCUGCGUAAUUGCAAUCUUGAUUAUCUGAGUAUCGAAAAGUGCAAUGAGUUUCAAGGAUUUCAAGUAAAUGAAGAUCAAGAAAAUGAAAACGAGGAUACUCUUCUUCGCUCAGAAUUCCAUGGUGGCUCGCUUCAGACUUUUUAUUUGGGGGAUUGUCCUGUUCUCAAGUUUCUUCCAGAUUUACGAAAAUGGACUUCUCUUCAGGCCUUAACCAUUAGGAACUGCCCCGAAGCGAAGGAGUCUUUAACUUAUGAUAUUAAAUCCCUCUCCUUUAUUGAAAGCCUUAAUGUUAAUUUUACGGAAAGUUCUAGCGCGGUGGGCUGUCCCAUUCAGUAAGCUUCUUCUAGUACAUCAUACUUCAGCAGCUGAAUACAAUUAAGGAUUAGAUAAUAGCAGAGAUCACGGUUAGUGCAUGUAGAGAAGCAAUUUCACGACUCCAAGGAUGAAAUUCUCAACUUGCUGACCAGGUUGGAAUUCGUGUUCAUUUGAUUACGUACCUCCCAAUUGGCUUUAUUCUAGCAUUGGAAAGGCUCGCCGUAUAUAUGUAUGUUUACGUAAGCAUUUCGUCUUCUAUUUACAGAAAAUGAGUUUGGUAAGGUAAUUGAUGUACCCUCCUUACAGUUCAUUUCAAGAUUUGGUUAAU